AUGGCACCAUCUCUGGACCAUGUUUUUACCAUGCGGCUAUACACGUCGCCCGAAAAGGCCCUUGUGGUUCCAGAAGCCAAAGGCAACAACCAUCGCAUUAUAGCCUUCCUGACACACGGUCAUGUCAAAGGUAGUGGCUUCGAGGCAGAGCUUCAACCUGGAGGUGCUGACUGGAUAUUGAGGGACCCAGAAACAAACACGGGACAUAUUGAUGUUCGUGUACAAUUUCGCACUAAAGAAGGUCAAGGUCUUUACAUACACUUCCAAGGUGUACUACAAAUCGAUAAUAAGUGGAUGGAAGUCUUUACUCGAGGUCCAGAGGCUCGGACACUUGAGUUCGGUGAGAACUACUGGCUAAGCGCACCUAUUUUGGAAACCAGUCACCCUGACUUCAAGUGGGUGGAGCGAUCUGAGUUCGUGGGUGAACUUCGAUGGCUGAUUGACGAGGAUGGCUCUGUCGCGGUAGAAAAUGCUAUUUACAAAAUACAGAGUGCCGAUAACAUGCCUGAAGACGAAAGACCAUGCGACAGCCUUACUAAGACACGUAAACCAGAAUGUAACAACUGUAUUAACCUGGGCCGGGUGUGUUCCUACGGCCCGUUGAAGCUUCCUUUAAGGGAGCGUAGGGCCCAACAAAAGGAGGUCCAUCCAUGGGAGCAGGCACCCUGGCAAAUUGAGCAACCAUCACAACAAUUAUCAGUGAAACGUACACCGAUACCCACACAACUACCGUUCAUGAACCAUGAUAGAGAAUACAACAAACUCGCCUGUGAGAUGCCCUUGAAAUCUCAUGAGCUUUUCCAAUAUCUGUUUAAGUAUGAACAAGGACCUAAAAAUAGUCCCAAGACGCCCGUCACAAAUUGCUUGAUGCGUCUGACAGACGAUCCUUGUGCAUUACGAAGUACCAUUCUCCUUGCUGGAAUGCAUUUUUGUUUUCAGAAUGGUAACUUGGCAUUUUUCGAAUCUACAUUUCUCUACCACAAGGUUGAAGUAAUGCGAUAUAUCAACAAGUGGAUUGCAUCCAGCAGCCAUAAGCGUGAUACAACCAUUAUCAGGCAAAUGACGACAUUAGCCUUUACCGAGGUGUGUACAGGUGAGAUUCUAGGAGCUGAAGCCCACGCGAGUGGCAUUUUGGCCAUCAUAGAGAACGCAGCAGCCAGAGACAAGAAAGAAAAGCCAGAUAUCUCAAACUACAGGCAACCUGAUCAAGAACUAGCAAAUCGCUAUUUCAUCAUGGCAUAUACUUAUAUCAGUGGCCUCAAAAGCCUGCUCGGAGGCGUUUGUCGUCUCGGGGGAGUCGAUGAUGCUAGUAUCGAAGACUUUUCAGCCAAGGAAUUAGUCGAGAUGUCAUAUCUAUGGCAUAAAGGCGAGGCAUUGCAGUCAUGGGCCUUGAAACUCCAGGCCCUGCGUUUGUUGCCUUUCUUUUUGGCCCCUCUACCUGUAGGGGCGACGUUCAACUAUGCUGACGGGCAUGCUAUAAUCCAAUCCCUCCGGCAAUUCACAUGCCCAACGGGAGUCGACGACUCAGAAAAUACGAGUAUUUGCACUAAUUCUUCUGACAAAAUAUUCGAGAAUUUUUGGAGACGAGGUCCCGCUUCCAGGUUGUUGGGAGAGUGUGUCCUCGCUCAUGUCGAGACCAUCUCUGUCAACAAAGGCGUGUCGCAAAGUUUUGUGAGAGACGGAACUUCUUUUGAGAGUCCGUGGUGUGCGCUUGUCAUUGCUGCUAUGUUAUAUGGCCAAGUAAUCCUUGGUGCGCUGGAGCCUAUAGACAAUCGCAUGCACAAGUACACUAUUACCUUGUUCCACCACGAUAUGGCUUCUUAUAUCCAAGAAGGUCGAGGUUCGAAUAACCCUGGGCUUCUCCUUUGGCUGUUGUUACUUGGUUUGGUUGGUUGCCAUAUAUACCCGAAGGACGAGAAGGAUAAGACGCCGCAUCCCAGUGUCCUAUUCUUCCAGGCGGCGGUUAGGAGACAAGCCAAAGAAGUGGGUAUCUCGACUUGGUCAGAAGCAAGAGUCGUCCUAGCUGAAGUGGUAUGGCCCAGUGCAAGCGAUAGAAGCGCGUUUAUCAAGGAUCUUUGGGAUGGAGCUGUUCUUCUGGAUACUGUGAUUUAG